AUAUAUAUAAAUGGACGGCCAAAAUCAUCAUUAUAAUCAUCCACAACAACAACAUCAUCAUCAUCAUCAAUCGAUCAUAACACAAGUAAUGACAGAUGGUGAUGUUGGUAGUAAUAUUACAUCACCAACACCAAUAAUAAAUACUACGAAUAUAAAUGUGAAUAAUUAUCAGAAUAAUGAUACUGAUUCUGAUACAAAAAUAACGAAAAAGAAACGACAUAAAAAUAUUUUACAUACAUUAUUCUGUUGUUUUCGUUGUGUUCGUACACCUGAAGUUGCCUCUUCCGAGGAAAGUGUUUCACUUGCCUAUCAACAUCUAUUGCCAAGUGUUCGUAGCCAAGAUGAGAAUAAAAUUUGUCUGGUCAUCGAUCUUGAUGAAACACUUGUGCAUAGUUCAUUCAAGCCAAUAAGUAAUGCCGAUUUUAUUGUACCAGUCGAGAUUGAUGGUACUACACAUCAGGUCUAUGUUCUUAAACGGCCACAUGUUGAUGAAUUUUUACAACGUAUGGGUGAAAUAUAUGAAUGUGUCUUAUUUACGGCUAGUUUAGCUAAAUAUGCCGAUCCAGUUGCCGAUCUACUUGAUCGUUGGGGCGUUUUUCGUGCUCGAUUAUUUCGUGAAUCUUGUAUAUAUCAUAAUGGAAAUUAUGUUAAAGAUUUAAGCCGACUUGGUCGUGAUCUAAACAAAGUUGUGAUUGUCGAUAAUUCACCAGCAUCAUAUUCGUUUCAUCCGAAUAAUGCUGUUCCAGUUGCAUCCUGGUUUCAGGAUAUGAAUGAUACUGAAUUAAGUGAUCUGAUACCAUUUUUUGAACGUUUAGCCAAAGUAGAUAAUGUUUAUAAAGUGUUGAAAAAUGCACAAAUUCAACAACAACAACAAUCAACAAAUAAUAUGAUGUUACCUUUGAUUACAACGGGCAAUAGUGGUAAUAAUAAUAACAAUACGGCAACAACGACAACAAUGACAAAAACUGCUACAAUUGUUGUUGAUCAUCGUGCACCAUUAAAUUCACCGAUGACAACAUCGGUAUUAUCACCUAAUCCACCUGUAGCUGGUGGUGUUGUAUCAUUCAUACCGAAUGUUACUGUUUCAUCGUCAUCAUCAUCAACAUUAUCAUCACAAUCAUUACAAUCAUCAUCGUAUCAAAAUCAAAAUCUUCAACAGCAACAACAACAACAACAACAGCAGCAAUAUUUAAUUCAAGGAAUAUCAUCUUCAUCAUCACCUGGAACGAUGGCGACGACGACAACAACAACGGCAAUGGCCGUACCAAAUGGUGCUACAUCUUAGCUACAAUAAUUUUUUUUCAUAUUUGUUAAAAAAUUAUAAUUUUGAGAUUUUAGUUGACCAUUUUUCUUUCUCAUUUU